UAUAAAUAAAAACAAUAAUAAUUUUUCACUAGAUGAGGGUAUUUUUUAUUGUCUAUCGGUUAGAAAAUUGAUCAUUUGUUUAUUUUACGGAUAAAUGCACUUUGGCUUUUUGAACUAUUGUCUUCGAUAACUACCAUUACAUUCAGGUGACAUAUAUAUAACAUGAAAAAAGAAACAUCUCAGUUUACAUUUAUGUAAAUCAAUGUUUGUGAACAGGUACUACUCUUUAAACAACAUUUCGUUUGCUUGAUCGGUCAUCAAGACAAAUUGGUACAAUGGUACUUGUUAAACUGACAAUUACAAUUUCAUUUUGGAUAUUUAUUGUAAACGGGUCUUAUCCUUUUGAAUACUACCAGUGCUCUGAGUUCUCUGAUUUGUGUUGUCCUGAUGGCCACAAAUGUACUGGUAAUACAGCUUGUGUAAAGAACUUGACAUACCCGACCUCAUCAUCAGGAGGGGCCAUUGCUGGUGGCAUUGUUGGAGGUAUAAUCCUUGUAACAAUCAUAUGUUGUAUCUCAGCUACUAUAAAAUCAAAAACUGGAAAGGUUAGCAGAGUCAUAUAUCCAAAGAGAAGAACCACCAGAGAAGCAACAGUACCAAAGAAACAACAACCGAGCUGUAGUAGUGGGCCUAUCACACGGCAAAAUGAAAUGACACUUCCGGGUUCUUAUGAACCUUUCAAUCCUCCUUUAUCUCAUCACAUAUAAACAUGUUAAAGUUUUUGUUUUGCAAAUUCUAUGUUCUAUGCAUAUUCUAAGAUAAAUACAAGGACAUUUGAAGUUCAAUAUUUUGAUAUAUUAAUUUUGCAGAUUAAUUCCCAUAAAUAAAACAAAUUGAAUGAAAAUUGAUAAAAAUGUGAUGUUUGUAUAACUAUUUUUCAUCUUUAUUUUCCUUUACUAUAAAGUUUGUUCUAUAUUCACAUAUGCAAUAACUAUGUAGACAGUUUAUUCAAUUUCAUUUUUCUUAUUGUUGAAUAAAAUGAUCAUAGCA